AUAGUAUUAUUUUUAUUAUUAUUAAUAUUAUUUUUUGCUGUUUUUUCUCCCGAACAAUGAAACUUUGGACGUCUCCCUGGGUGUCUUGCCUGGUGAUUCUCAUCUUGUGUUUUGGAUCAGAGUGCGGGACAGCCCGGGGACUGGGGAGAUCCAAGAGGGAGUUGGUGCGCAUUAGGGAGGCGAAAGCCACCGUACCGGGGGCUUGUGCCACGCGUCUGCCCCGGGGCAAACGCUCUCUUGCCGGCUUGGAGCGACGGGUGCUGCGCCAGCAUCGGCGCUCCUCGCACGCGGAGGAAAACUCUCCAGACCGGAGGAAAGCUGUCUAUUUCACCGGCAGGGGAGACCAGCUGCGGCUGAAGCCCGGCGUGGAGAUACCCAGAGGCAAUUUCACUCUGGAGAUGUGGAUCAAACCCGAGGGAGGUCAACGAUCACCGACAGUGAUUGCAGGCCUAUACGACAAGUGUUUCUAUGCCUCCAGUGACCGUGGCUGGCUGCUUGGUAUCCAGGCAGUUAGUGAAAAUGGAAACCGUGACCCCCGAUUCUUCUUCUCCCUUAAAACUGACCGUGCCCACAAAGUGACCUCCAUCCACUCGAAUGUUCGCUACAUACCCAACCAAUGGGCACAUGUGGCAGUCACAUAUGACUGCGUAUACAUGAAGCUCUUCGUCAACGGCGCCCAAGUGGCCGUCAGUCGGGAACAGUCGGGUGAAGUUUUUAGUCCUUUGACCAAAAAGUGCAAAGUCCUGAUGACUGGGGGAAAUGCACUGAAUCAUAAUUACAGGGGAGCAGUGGAAAAUGUGGCUCUAUGGAGACAGGCCCGAGGGCAGAGGCAGAUUAUCAGGGAUAUGCAGGGCCACGAAGACCCCCACGAUCUACCUCAGCUGGUCAUUCGUGAAACAUUUCAGCACCCAGGCCGGAAGUGGCUGACUGUAAAAGAUGGUAGCUUUCCUCAGCCUGAGCAGGCAGGAAGUGGCCGAUCGGGGUUACUGGGUGGCGGUGGAUUUGGAGGUGCUGAUGGAUUAUUGGACACGACGCUCGAACCCCCAGCUUGUGGCCAAACCGUUUGUGACAAUGUCGAGGUUAUCAAAAACUACAACCAGCUUUGGAAAUUCCGCCGGCCUAAGAAAGUGCGUUACCGUGUCAUAAAUAUAUGGGACGAUGCUCGGACGAGGCCUACUGUAUCAGACCACCAAAUCAGCCUGCAGCACCAACGGCUAAAUGAAGCCUUUAGCCCCUACAAUAUCACCUGGGAGCUCAGCAUUCACAAUGUGACCAAUUCCUCCCUUCGUCACCGACUGAUUCUAGCUAACUGUGAUAUCAGCAAAGUCGGGGAUGAUGUUUGUGACCCAGAAUGCAACCAUCCUCUAACAGGCUACGAUGCAGGAGACUGCAUGUCUGGGCACCGGAGCCGUUGUCCUGAACACAAACAGGGUAAUGGCGUAUGUGACCCUGAAUGUAAUUGGGAAAACUUCUUGUAUGACCUUGGCGACUGCUGUAAUCCCAAUGUGACGGAUGUGACCAAGACAUGCUUCAACCGCUCCUCUCCACACAAAGCUUAUUUGGAUGUGAAAGAGCUGAAAGAGAUCCUGCAUUUGGAUGGCUCGACUCACCUGAAUGUCUUCUUUGCCAAUUCUUCUGAUGAAGAUCUGGCGGGGGUUGCCACUUGGCCCUGGGACAAAGAAGCCCUCACACAUUUGGGAGGCAUUGUGCUGAAUCCCUCCUUCUAUGGCACAUUUGGCCACACCGACACAAUGGUCCACGAGAUUGGCCACAGUCUUGGGCUUUACCAUGUAUUCCGAGGUAUAUCGGAGAUCGAGUCGUGCAACGACGCAUGCCUGGAGACCGAGCCCUCGAUGGAGACUGGAGAUCUUUGCGCCGACACCAACCCAACUCCCAAAUACAAAGGCUGCCAUGACCCCGAACCGGGCAACGAAACCUGUGGCUGUCGGCAUUUCACACACACCCCGUUUAACAACUACAUGAGUUACGCAGAUGAUGCUUGUACAGACUCCUUCACACUGAACCAGAUGGCAAGAAUGCACUGCUACCUGGACCUCAUCUACCAGACCUGGCAACCCUUCUCUAAACCUCCGCCGGUGCCAAUGGCACCCCAAGUGGUCAAGCAGCAUCAUAAUUCCAUCACCGUGGAAUGGUUUCCACCAAUUUCUGGACACUUUUACGACAGAGAAGUGGGAUCAGUGUGUGAUAAAUGCACAGAGGGGAGAGUUCUGCUACAGUAUGCCUCAAAUUCCUCCUCACCACGACCAUGUGACCCGUCUGGACACUGGUCCCCACGAGAGGCUGAAGGUCCUCCAGAUGUGGAGCAGGCUUGUGAACCAAGCGUACGCACCUGGAACCCCAUUGCAGGAAUCGAGCAACGGGUCGUCGGCUUGUCGGAGUGCCCUCCCCAGGGCUGCAUGCUUCAGCUGGAGUUUGCUCACCCACUGGUGCCAGACUCUCUUACUGUGUGGGUCACCUUUUUCGACCCCGAGGAAACGGCGCUGCCAGCCAUCCACAACAUCUUGCUACUGACCACCAGUGGCAACAACAUCUCCUUGGGCCCAAGUAAUGUCUUCUGUGACAUCCCACUUACUCUGAAGCUGGACAUAGAGGAGGAGGUGUACGGGGUACAGUUUUUCACCAUGGAUCAACACCUCGAGAUCGAUGCCACCCUCUUGGCAUCCAAGCCCAACUGCUUACUCUGUAGACACUGCCAACCACUACGCUACCGCCUGCUGCGCCAGCCGUCCUUCGUCCAUGCACUGCAUGGCCUGAUGCUGAAUGAACCUACCCGCCGAUAUACAGACAGGGAAGUGCUGCCACACAUCGUGUACACCUACCAAGUGCAAACCAUCUCCAGCCGGAGUGAGAGCGAGCCCUCCCCGCCUUUGUUGCAUGAACUGGGAUCACCGCAUUGUGGGGAUGGACGAAUCCAGAGUUCCAACGAAGAGGAGUGCGAUGAUAUGAACUCUAUGAACGGGGAUGGCUGCUCCAGUCAGUGCAAGAAAGAGCCCUUCUUCAACUGUAUUGAGGAGCCGAGCAUGUGCUACUACUAUGACGGCGAUGGGGUAUGUGAAGACUUUGAGCGGGAGACCGGCGUGAGAGACUGUGGCCUCUACACCCCCAGUGGUUUCCUCGACCAAUGGGCCUCCAAUGUUGAAGUUUCCCACGAGGAGAAGCCUUACUGCUCCGGUGAGGUGGCUGCUGGAUACCCUGCUGUUACUAAAACAUGUCAGUCCAAGGUGUUUGAUCUGUCAGACGGAGUGUCCCAGUAUGCAUGGUUCCCCUGUCGUGAUGUUCAUGAGUCAGCCUGGGGAUAUCCUAGCUACUGGCUGAAGGCUCACUUUUCGCAUCCCAUGGUGGCAGCAGCAGUGAUUAUACACCUGGCCGCAGAUGGGACAAGCUUACUUGACCAGACUCAGUGUAACAUCACUGUUCAGCUCGUAGACACCAAGGAGGGCAUCCAUAGUCUUGGCGAGUGGCGUCUCAGCUGCCGCACCAACCCUUUGGUGAUCCCAGUGAACCACGACCUGUCCGUGGCCUUCUACCACACCAAGGCGAUCCUGGUCAUGUUCGCCUCUCGCCUCGUGGCCAUUUCAGGCGUCGGCCUGCGCUCCUUCCAGUCCUUUGACCCCAUCACAAUAAGUGGCUGCCAGAGCAACGAGAUCUACAACCCCACAGGACAGAGUUGUGUACAUUAUUCGUGCGAAGCCAUUGACUGCCAGGAACCUUUAAUCCGCAAUGCAGAGCUCAAGUGCAGUAGCCCCGGCCGCCACUUCUACAACGGGGACCGCUGCACUAUAUACUGCAAUUCUGGAUACGUCCUGCAAGUCCACCAGGAUGAUGACAUCAUCAAAAGCCAGUCUGACUCUUCGGUGACUAUAACCUGUGCAAAUGGGAAGUGGAACAAACAGGUGUCAUGUGAGCCGGUGGACUGUGGUCUUCCUGACAAAUACCAUGUUCAUCCGGCACAUUUCAACUUCUCAGAGGGAACGACCUACGGCAAGAAGAGUACCUUUCAGUGUCGAGAACCUGCCCAGCUUGUAGGUACAAACAACAGUCUUACAUGCCUAGAAGAUGGUCUGUGGUCCUUCCCAGAGGCACUCUGUGAACUCCGUUGCCCGGCGCCCCCUCCCGUGCCGAAUGCUGUGCUGCAAACCAAGCGCUGCAAUGAGACGGGCCUCAAAGUGGGCACUCUCUGCAAGUACAAAUGCAGGCCAGGCUAUCAUGUCACCAACAAACCUAAGAGGCGUGCGUUUAAGCGGCAGUGCACGGAGGACGGGAGCUGGCUUGAGGGAGCAUGUGAACCAGUGACUUGUGAUCCCCCACCUCCGAUCUUCCACGGCUCUUAUUACUGUACUGACGGCUUCCGCUUUGACAGCGUCUGCAGACUCAACUGCUCUGAUCCUGCUGGUAAUUCUGCUUACGCCGCCACAGGAGGCUCUGCCCAUACGGUGAGGCUGCUGCACGGUCCAUGCAAGCAGGGUGCAGCAUCCAAUGCAAUCCGUUGCAGAAAGGAUGGAAACUGGACAGGCUCGUUCCGGUUAUGCCCACACAACAAAGGCCAGUGUUCUUUACCUCAAAACCUCCAUUACAGCCUGCAGUACUCAUGCAAGCGGGGACACGGCAUAGGUGAGGAGUGUGAGCUGAGUUGCAGGGAGAGCAACAACGACGUGGUGAUCCUCCCUAGCAACAUGACAGCCGAAAGUGUACUUAAAGAGCACUGGAGGAACCCGCACAAAGUCAAGAGUAUAGUUUGUACAAUGGGGAUGAAAUGGUAUCCACACCCAGAAUUUCUCCAUUGCAUCAAAGGAUGUGAGCCAUUCAUGGGAGACAACUACUGUGAUGCGGUCAACAACAGAGCCUUCUGCAACUAUGAUGGAGGAGACUGCUGCCAAUCCACUGUCAAGACCAAGAAGGUGAUUCCUUUCCCCAUGUCGUGCGACAUACGAGAUGAGUGCUCCUGUCGGGACCCCAACGCGAUAGAGAACCGAAGGGAUGAACAUGUCCAAUCCCUGGGGUGACCAACCUACCAACCAAACAUCCCAGAAACCUUGCUCCAACACAACACAGCCUUCAUCCUCCUCUCGGCCUCCAAUUUCCUGCACAUGCUGCUUAAAAGGCAUACCUCUCCGUCCAUACUGCAACCCCCGACCAGCUGAAAAGGCCUCCACCUCCACAUCACAGAAAGAUCUAGGAAUGAGGAUGGGACUCAUGAGACUCCACUGAAAACUCCAUUUCUCACCCACUACUCUACUCUAAGGAAAGUAACCCUGCAAUAUCAUCAUCAUCAUCAUCAAAAAAAAAACAUAUAUAGCAAAAAAAAAAAAUCUGAAGCAGACAUUUUUUAUAGAAUAAGAAAGCAAACACAAAAACAUAACCAAGCCUAGGUAGCAUGCCUUUUGUUCAGUUUUGUGCUGUGGCUUCAGUGUCUACUUUAGUGACCUUGCUCUACAAUCACAUGAUCAAACCUAUAUAUAGAUAACUCAGACGUUGGGGUGGGGGGGGAAGAGUUGUUGUUGGCUUUGUGUGUUUCAAAUAUGAAGGGGAAAAAAAAAGAAAAAUUCUCUGACACUUUGAAGGCACGUUCUACCUAGAUUUUUGGAGUGAAGGGAAGACAAGCGCACGCUUCUAUCGUCGCUGGUUUCACACUUGUCAGACGUUCUGUAGCUCUUGUGUCUUUUUCAGUCGUGUGUUUCUUCACCGGCACAUCGGACGCUGCAGUGGUUAUAUCGAGCUUGACCGGGAAUGAGACAGCCACAGACAUAUUGAUAGGCGAGACGCCACAGGUGAAUAUGAUUCAAACAAUUAGUACAACAAGCUUUAAAACAUUACCAUCAGUUUCCCGUUUAAAUAGAGCCAUUUAAAAAAAACAUCCUGUAACUUUAAACACAUAACUUUACCAUACAUUAUCUUCACAGUUAAAUGUUUUUAUACAAUAUUUUUUUCUGUUGAACCACCAUAAAGAAUAAGCCACAUUUAGCCGUGUUACAUACAUGGGUUAUGAAUGAAAAAUUAGUAUUACAAAACUAAAUUUGAGAAAUCCCUUACACAUGUUAUCUUAGAAACCACUAUUAAAUGACCCAAUAUCUGAUACGCAGAGAACGUCCAUGUUUGGCUCUGAUGUAUAGGACAGUUUUACAAAAGUACUAUUUGAUAAAACAAACACCUAAACGUGUAUUUCAAAUAAUGGAGGUUCGUUUUUGCCUGUGGUGUCUCGCUGUAUGUUGAGCCACAGAUUCCACACAAAAGCUAAUUGUUGACCCACCACACACACACGCAAUUUCCCCCGAAAACAGUUUUAUACUUUGAGCAAAACCUUGAAUGCGUAACCAAAACCUUUUUUCCUGUGUGUGUGUGUGUGUGUGUGUGUGUGCGUGUGUGCAUGGCUUCUGCUACUAUGUCUGCUCCUAGACAUCCAAUAGGGUUGUCUGCCUUGCUGCUUAAAGUACCUCUUGAUCGCAUCCACUCAUGCUUGCACGUGUGACAUGAAUUACCUUCUGCACAUAUGAAUACGUAUAUGAUAAUACCACGUUAUGAAAUGCACUAAGAACUUUAAAAACAAACAAACACAAAACUCAGAACCUCACUCAUUAUUCCCAUUGAACCGCCUCCUCUCCCACCCCAAGAAAAUAGUAUGUACGUUGACCACGACUUAAAGAAUGUCAUCCAUAACACCUCACUUUGGGUUGGGUUGAUUUUUGGUUUCAGUUUGAACUCCUCCCUCACGGCGCUCGAUAAGAACUCUGCUUCCUCGAGCACCGAUUUUAAAAUGUUUAAACUGAAAAUAAAAUGAUCCCAGCUGUGUUCAGAAUGUAGUCAAUUCUUGUAAGGAGUCUGUGGCUUUUUCUUUUUUUUUUUAUUGCACAGUACAGUCACACAAGAGUACAGAAAUAAAGGGCUGGAUAGAGGCCAUGGCUGUCAGUGAGAAUGAGUAUAUAGGUGGGAGGAGACCACAUCUGCACACACACACAUAAACAAAACCCAUUCACUCCCCUCUUACUAGUACGGGACUAUCGGCUCUACGCACACAUGCAACAAUGUACGUAAACAUGACAUUUGGAUGUAUAUGUCAAUACAGCAUUAGCAUUCCCAAUAUAAUCAAUGGUCACUAAGACUCACUGGUGAGUAAUUAGUUUUACCUUUAUGUUUAUCUCUGCAGUAAAAAAAAAAAGUGCAAUUGGUUAUGAUUGGCACUUUUCAGUAUUGUGAACCUGGGUGUCCGUCCCCUCCAAUUAACUUCAAUAGAUUUCAUGGCUGCUACGACUGCUUUGUAUUUUGUUAUUCGUCAUUCCAGACACACACAUACACACGCUUGCUUUUAUUCGUGCUCAUUCGAUAAUGAAAGCUGCUUGGUACAUUGGUCUAAACGUUGCUGCUGCUAUUUGGCUGAAAGUGAAGUCAUGAUUACAAUCAGCGUGACUCUUAACUUGCCAUUUCAUUUGGGUCAGCGGCGCGGGCCUCUCUGACUCAUAUUAGGCUGCUAAAACAUUCCACAUCAUUCUCAAGAGCGGGGAAACAAUUGUAUACAACAGACUGUUCAACAAAGUGGUAAUGUCCAAUAUCAUGUCAUAUCUUUUUUUUAAACGGAUGUUAGCGAGAGAAUGUGCAGAGUAAGGUAUUAUUUUCCACCAAAUACAGCAAAAAAGAAAAAAAAAACAUUUUGUAAAUAUUACUUUAUGUUCUUGAAGGACAGGAGAUGUUUUUGUUUUCAUUUUCAUGUUUUGUUUUGUUUUCCAAUAUGUCAUAUUUAAUCAGUGUUUGUAUAAUUGACCUCAGUUACUGCACUUUUUUUUAGUUGCCAUGUAUGAAGAAAACAAAAAUCUUUCAAAAAACUUUAGAAGCUGCUAUUGUCAGAAUGGUGAUCUGAAACAAACUGUACAAUAUUUGGUCAUCUGACUCCCUGUGUUGCUAUAACUCUUCUUGUCGUUAGUGUUUUAGUUGUAUCUGAACCUAAAUACUCCUCCAGACCUUAACUAUCAUCCUUCAUCACUCUUAGAGGCCCCAAAUUUUACUAAAGGGGGCCCGCAAUACAUUAUAUAUAGAGGGUAUAUUGUAUAUUGAAAGUAUAUUGUCACAUAUGUAAGGUCUAGCUAGAUUGAAGGUUUGUUUUGUUUUGUUUUGUUUUGUUUUGCCCUGAUAUUCCUAAGGUGAAGGUGUACAUUUUGGAGAACCUGCAAAAGUGAAGGAAAAGUUUAAAUGAAGAAAUCCCCCGUUCAAAGGGAACUUUGUAACUUUUAUGAAAUAUGAAACUUUCCAAGAGCAUUCUUCAGGCUACAUCAUCUUCAGCGAUUACAUUUAACACUUUAUAUGAAAUCAUAUAGCCUAGCCCUGG